AUGGUUAUAUGUGGAAUUUGUAAUGUUAACGAAUCAAAAUAUAAAUGUCCCAAGUGUAGUGUGAAUUACUGUUCGAUUGUUUGCUUUAAGGGCCCUGCUCAUACUCAUGUAAAUAUAGAAGAAAACAAGACUAAGAGAGAAGACCCGAUAGUAAUUCUGAAAGACGAACUGGUCGGCAAGUUUGACAAGCUAUUAAACGACUCUGAGAUUCAAUCAAUGCUUAAGUACAAAUCCCUUCAGUUUCAUUUGUCGGUUAUUUUGAAAAUUAUUAAUGAUCCUUCUAUCACUGGUGAAUCGGUCCUAGAGAAUAGGAAGGAAAUUGCUAACCUCAAAUUGACAAAUUUGAGAAGUGGUGGGUCAGAGCAGAACGAGUUGGUGGAAGAUUUUGUGGAAAGGGUACUAUUCUUGUUAGAUGAGGACAGAUAA